AUGUCGGUCGUAUGCCCUGUAGUAUGGCGGGCUGAGGAACGGUGAGUUGUACGUGAAUUAGUUUAUAAUAAUAGUAAACGUGUGCUGCAUCUACUGCACUCUACUCUCCCACUCACAUAAGCCCGGUGUCGAGACAGUGUCAAUAAGGUCGGAGGCGGGAACGGAAGCAGGUGAGUGGUGCGGCGCGAGCCCGCGCCUAGGCGCACCACCACGCCCCUGCAAUGUAUGGCAUUCGUUAUGGGUGCACAGCCCAAUAACGCGUGCGUGAUCCUGAUCUGGUCAGCAUGCAGACGUCAGUGUGGCAGGCUCAAAUCCGACUGUCAAUCGUUAGGAGCAGACACUGACAAAAGCGAGUGACAAACAAAGCGGGCAACGCGGACUACCCCGUAAAUAACGGCGAAGUUCUGCGCGCUUGCUGUCUUCGGCAACGGACAGAUCUAACUGCCCGAAUUGCCAGGCAGUGAAGAAGCACAUUCCAGUGAUCAAUCCACUGAGUUCAAUGGGGAACUCUUCGUGUAUAACCUUCACGAUACCUGCUCACCUAUUAAUAUUUUCUUUCUGAUGCACUAUUAACUCUUUCUUUAAGUGCCGUGAACUUUGGCUCUACUGUGCUGUAAGCCGCAAUUUUAUCUUUACCGGAACAGGCAAUGUUCAAAACCAACAUCUGGCCCAUAAGAUGCUAAAAAUAAAGCUCUGGACGGCAAACUAUAAGUCGAACAUAAGAAUUUUUUGAAGGACCCUGGGUAUACUUGCGCUAUGCGUGUCUAGGAUGUGAUAAAGUAUCUUGUGCGUAUUCUAAUGGUCUUUGACUGUAAUAAAACUUUCCUCGUACGCAACCGGAAAUAUCAGCGACCUUGACAUUAACCAAACCCAUAUGCAACGUAAAAUGGCAACUUAAAGCUGCAAAACACGGAUACGAGAAAAUGACUAGGGACAAACUUGAAUAAGGGAUCUAUAAGCAUCUCUUUAUAAUUACUCCACCAAAACCUGCCAUUCAGUCCUCGUAAUCUUACCCCGUGUUAGCGAUUCGUUCGUUCUUGAGAUUUGCGCCAAGUCACUUAAGAGCGCUGGUCUUCCAGAGCGGAGCAGCUUUCAACAGACAUGGAUCCUACGCUGUUUUUGGGGAAACCAAAUAAACAUCCGCAGAUCGUAAAUCGUCGCAAAUUCGUUUGUGAUCAAUUACUCAGCUGUCAGUUUCAGCUCCGAAUACUCACGACUUAUCUGGCAUCUUCAACAGUAGGAUUGUCACCACAGAGGCGAUAGCAACGCUCGCCUACUGUGAAUCCGGAAUUUAAAAGUAUUAAAAUUACUGAAACACAUUGUAAGGAUGAAAAUUUGAAUUCUUCAGAUGAGCCCGAAUAAGGGCCACAAGGACGCUACAACAGACCCAUAUUGUUAACAAAUUCCGACAUGUCUAACAGAAGCCAUAAGACUGGACCUUAAUAUUAUUAAAAACUUGAUGAAACAGAGGCCGGCCUCGGCCUCUUCGUUGUCCGAUGUUAUUCAUGGGUUGUGUUCUCGUUAAUCGCCCGUUUCUAGUCUAAUCCCGAAGGCUUAUUUCUACCCUAGCUUUCGCCUCUGCCACAAGCAACUAGUAGUUACAUCAAGUGAUGUGCCGAGCUUCCAAGUAAUUUAGACAUUGACUUCCUACUUAGUUUAUGUUGACUAUAACAGUAUUCGAAGUUAUUUACAUUGACUUUAUCAGCUGGCAGGAAUAUUUUUGUUGCAUAAAUCAAGUUAAUUUGGGUUGUCUGUAUGUCUAAAGCCGCUAACUGCAUUCAGAUAUCUGUGCUGAAGCCAUAAACAAGGCUUAUUUUGUGGCAACGUUAGCUUGCCUGAAUGCCGUUGGUCAGCAAUGGUCGUAAGUUUUGACGACAGACCUCCCAGAAAUUAUGCAGCUAUUAUCAGGGAAACUGCUUGAAUAUGAUCGCAUGUCAAAUUCCAUGUGAACAAACGGUUUCUAAUAAGACCACCUAUGGAGUACUUCCGUUUAAGGACGAUCAUUUAUGCGUAUCGAGUUACUUUAGUGACUGACGCCCCAAAGUCCUAGAUAUCUACUUUUGGGCCUAUCACUCAGCAGUCUAUUUCCAAGAAUGUUAUUGUCCAAUGUACUCGUAAAUUAUGUCCUCCCAAGACUAUUUAAAUUAGUGCAUCUUGACAUUGAGUCUGUUGAAAAGUGAAGAUUCGGCGAUCAAGUCUGCCUGCAAGUUGCCGAGCGUAAAUUUUCUCCGACAAUGAAUAGCAUGUCUUGAAGAAAGUGACACGAUCGCUGGAACAAGAGUUUAUUUUGGCCGACUUUUCGGACUGGCACUCGAAUUCAUCGUCUGAGACUGCAUCAGAUAAAGGUAGUAUUUGCACAAGUGUUGCGGUCGCUAUCCCACUGCAUACAUACAUAUCACAAUUGGAGAGGCAAAGGAGACAAAGCAUGCAGAAUGUACUGACGUCAUAACUUUUGAGACCUCUCAUUCAGCUGCACACGGUCAUUGCAUGGGGAGGCAAGGAGGGGGAAAGAGAAGUCAUCCAAUUAUGAGAGUUAGGAUUACGGUGAGAACUUGUCCGGUGUGAUUUAGAGUGCAACGCGCGGGCAGCAUUCAGUCAUGCCGGAGAGGGGUAGGGGCGAAAUGAGAGGGCGCACAUGGGAACAGGGUUUUUUCCAUAAUCGAUACUCACCAUGGUAGUGCCAGGUUUAUCACGUGGUCUAACUGCUUACAGAGUUCUGGUUUCCUCCUCCGUAUUGCAGCGGCCUCUGCAAAGCGCAAGAGACGCCCGGUCGUCACCCGAAAUAGGACCUUGAAUGCAACCAUUGGGUCCACCGAGUGGCCCGUGUUCACUAGGUGUUUUGUGAUUGAGCUCCUUGAUACCUUUUUUUCAGCCACUUCGGCAUGUGUUCAGCUGACUGAGCUGUCAACUGCCUUUGCGUGCGACCGAUGUACUUGCAUCCGCAACUACAUGUAAACUCAUAAAUACAGUUUGAUGUGGCGUGCAUAGGCAAAUUGUCUUUAGCUGGUCUAACUGGAAUGGUCGUCAGUAAAUUCUGCAUGCUUUGUCGCCUUUGCCUUAUGCUAAUUUAUUCCGGGAAAACAUUGCUUAAAUCCACAAUAGGUAAAUCCUGCAUUCAGUCAGUCAGUAUCAGUCAGUAUAUUUGGAGUAAACGACAGAAGCCAUGAAAACUCCAUUUAGAGGGUACAGGUAUAAAGUAAAAUAGUUAAACUGCAAAACUUUUGCUUGCAGUUUUAGUAGGGAGAAUUCAUAAAUCGAAUAAUGUAACAUAACGGUGAAAGGGGUAUUAUAUUCGCAAAAGAAUUGCGAAAAACUUUGAUCACCGCAUUCGGACUGUGAAAAUUUCAAUAUGGGCUAAGUUUGACGCACAAAAUAGGAUCUAUUGAAAUCUAGUUAGUAGUAUAUUUAUAGUCAUUUCAAUAAUCCGUUAGAUCAGGCUUCGGCAGUUUGGGUUGCCUUUCAGAAGGUGAGUAUCCAGUUGUCUCUUGAACACGUUCACGGUAGGGGAAUUAACAACAAACUCCGGCAAAGAGUUCCAUUGGCGAAUGACCCUCUGUGAGAAAAAGGAGGAACGUUGAUUUGUGUGGCACAGUUCCUUUUUAAGCUGGUAAUCAUGUCGUCUGAGAUUGGACUUGGGUGCCAUUUCAAAAAACGUUUCCCAGUCGACAUCCAGAUUAAGUCCUUUUAUCAACUGGAACGUUGCUAUGAGGUCACCUCUGUCCUGCCUGUAGUGGAGGGGAUAGAGGUUCAAGGCCGUCAGGCGCUGCUCGUACGUGAAGUUUUUGAGGCCAUGAACAGCCUUUGUAGCACGCCGUUGUACACCUUCAAGGAUAGCUAUAUCCUUCCGAAGCCACGGCCGCCAAGCCUGUACCGCAUAUUCCAGGUGCGGCCGCACAAAUGUCCCGUAUACUUUGCCAAAGACAUCUUUAUUCAAGUGAAUAAACGUUCUGCCGAUGGUUCUAAUUAAUACUACAACUACCCGAUUCUUUCCAGACGAGUUGUUAAUUCCUGCGAUUUCAUCACUGAUCAGAAGAAGAAGCGAUUGCUGGAACAAUGGCUUUAUUCGCCAUUGCUUCAGCGAUCGCUGGAUGAUGAUGAUGGUGGUGGUGAUGAUGAUGAUGAUGAUGAUGGUGGUGGUGGUGGUGGUGGUGGUGGUGGUGGUGGUGGUGAUGAUGAUGAUGAUGAUGAUGAUGAUGAUGAUGAUGAUGAUGAUGAUGAUGAUGAUGAUGAUGAUGAUGAUGAUGAUGAUGAUGAUGAUGAUGAUGAUGAUGAUGAUGAUGAUGAUGAUGACUCGGUCGAGGGUAAUCAAACAAUUGUCGAAUCAAGCGGAACCAUCUGCCAUGAAUGCGGAAGUCACCAACCGUAG